UACAUACCUCAAGCACCCCUGUGUGUUAGAAACAAACCUCACAAUCCCUUUUGUGUCCGCUCUUUCACUCUUGAAGAGGAAUGGCUCUAAAAGCUGCUCAUGUCUCCGAUGUUCCAAAACUUGAUCAAGUCCAAGAAAAUGCAGCAUUGGCCCUCUGUUCUUCCCGAUUGAUCACUCAAUGUGUGAAUAUUGAGGGAAGUGAUGACACCAAGCGAGGAUUUAAAUUCGGAAAAUUUGUGGUGAUGGGACAUAGAGGGAGUGGAAUGAACAUGUUACAAUCUUGUGAUCGGAGAAUGAAAUCCAUCAAAGAGAAUUCAAUUCUCUCCUUCAUUUCUGCUUCCAAGUUACCUCUGGAUUUCAUUGAAUUCGACGUUCAGGUGACCAAAGAUGACUGUCCAGUCAUUUUCCAUGACAACUUCAUCCUCACUGAACAUAAGGGAGAACUUAUUGAGAAGAGAGUUACUGACCUCACUUUAGAUGAAUUCCGUUCAUAUGGACCCCAAGAUGAAGUUGGCAGUGAGGGGAAGUCCUUAUUUAAGAAAACAAAAGAUGGGAGAAUCUUUGAAUGGAAAGUUGAAGAAGAUGCUCCUUUUUGUGCACUGCAAGAGGUUUUCCAGAGAGUCGAUGAUACCAUGGGCUUUAAUGUUGAAUUGAAGUUUGAUGAUAACAUAAUCUAUAAAGAGGAAGAACUAAAACAUAUUCUUCAAGUAAUUUUACAGGUGGUGUUUGAGCAUGCCAAGGAGAGACCUGUAAUGUUCUCAAGUUUUCAACCUGAUGCAGCUCUGUUGAUGAGGAAAUUGCAGAGUACCUACCCUGUAUUUUUCCUAACUAAUGGAGGUUCAGAAAUAUACACGGAUGUGAGAAGGAAUUCCUUGGAUGAGGCCAUUAAGGUUUGCACAGAGGGUGGCCUCCAAGGAAUAGUAUCCGAAGUCAAAGCUGUCUUUAGAAAUCCAGGAGCAGUAACAAGAAUUAAAGAAUCUAAGCUUUCCCUGAUUACCUAUGGCCAAUUGAAUAAUGUGCCAGAGGUGGUACACAUGCAACACUUGAUGGGCAUUGAAGGAGUGAUUGUUGACCUAGUUCACGAGAUCACAGAGGCAGUCUCCCAUUUUGUAGACUCUGCCAAAGAUAGUGAAGAAUCGGGCUUGUUUGCGGAGGAAGGGAAGAUCCAAGUGAAAACAAAGCCUCGAUUUUCAAGUGAAGAGCUCUCAUUUCUGAUGAAGCUGAUAUCUGAAUUUAUCCAGUCUUGAAAAGGGUUACAUCUGCCAGUAUAGUUUAAUUCCCAUAGCAUCAAACAACUUUGGUCUUGGAAAGGAUGUGCCCUUCCCUUCCUUCUCCAUGUCUUAGCGUGUACAUUAUUAUAUCCCUUUCAUCUCAUGCAUCAUUUGUAACUUGUAGGUACAAAUCAAUCACCAUCUUUAGCAGCCCUUUCCAUGCUAGAAGCUGUUGGUUAGACUAUAGUUGUUUGGAAAGCUUUGAAGUUAAACCACUUCAAGCUUUUAUGUAAAAUUGAAAUGCAUGUUACUACCAUAGUUAUGAAAAUCUUCUUGUAAUUUGUCGGUAACAGCAGAAUUGAUCGCAAGAAUUUUGUUCUUCUUUUUAA